UCAAUCCCCGUAUUACUUACUAAUAAAUCGUCGCAAGCGGAUACUUGUCCGUCCGCAAAUACAUAUUCCCGUUUCCCGCCGCAGGGCAUAAAAAAAACCCGAUCAGAAAAGCGGGGAGAGCUAAUGCGAGCGAGCAUACAUUCCCGUUGACACAAGGAAUCUCUGCGCCCCCCCCUCUACCUUCCCUUCCUUUCCAAACCAUAUUCUUCUCCAUCAACUGGCAACGGCGAGGGGGAUUUGUUUUUGUUUUGCUAUAACGAAAGAUGGCCGGGCUCAUCGUUGCUUUUGCGCGUAGCAGGGAUGACUGACUGGGAGGAGGAGGGAGACGAGAACGUGAUGCCGUGCCGCCCGCCCGCCCGCCCGCCCUUGGGCUCGCUUCACCUUCAAUUCUUUUCUUUCUGUCGCGGCCAGCGCCUUCGCAUCGCACCACGCCGCUUUAUUCUCUAAGAACCCCGUCCUCUCCAUUCCAUCUCCUCCUCCGUCCAUCGUGCAGAUCUUGCUUCUUCUUCUUCUCCUCCUCCUCCUCCUCCUCCUCCUCCUGACCACCCUCCUGCUCAGCUCGUCGUACGUAGACAUCGCGAUCGCCGUCGUCGAUCGGUCUCGCCAAGCUCUUGCUUCCGUUCUUUUCUGGUUCAGUUUGUUCGGUGCUCUCCCUCUACGUGGGCGCUGCGUCUAUAUAUAUGCUGUGUUGGCGCCAGCUGCAUAAAUGGCGUACUCCUCGCGGACUUGUGGUCGGUGCAACAACCACGGAUUAGCUGAGCUCUGACAAGAUAGCUUCACUGACCCUGACCGCGUGCCCUGUCAACUGGAGUAGAAUAUAGAAGGAAGCAGCCAGCACUUUCGAUUAGCACAGCGUUGCCAUGCUAACCCAAGCAAUCUCUUACGGUGUUGUAUCCAUGUGCUUGCUGAUCUUGUCCAGUGCAGAGAGGAGAUCCGGUUUCAUGAAGUGGCUCUGCAAUUUCCUCAAGGGGCCGAAGCCCGGGGAGCCGAACCGCCGGCGGCCCCAGGUGACGGCCGGAGAGGAGGAGGACGCGCUUUGGCACCAACGACCAGUUCGACCGAAGAAUGAUCCACCUAGAAAUGACAACGAAGAAGUGGACCGUGCAAUUGCAGAGUCUCUCACAGAGGACGUCAGAACCCCCAAAGAGAAAACCCGCAAGGGAGACAAGGACGACGAAGAUCUUGCGAGGGCCAUACAGGACAGCCUCAACAUGAACCCUUACACGCCUUACAACCCCUAUGCUCCCUCUCACGCCCAACCUAGAGGGCACAGGCUGUGCGCAGGCUGCAAGCAUGAGAUAGGGCAUGGCCAUUACUUGAGCUGCAUGGGGAUUUACUGGCACCCUCAGUGCUUCCGCUGCAACUCCUGCGGCCACCCUAUCCGUGAGACCGAGUUCACAUUGCUGAGUACAGAUCCAUACCACAAGCUGUGCUACAAGGAGCUGCACCAUCCGAAAUGCGACGUCUGCCUUCAGUUUAUUCCAACGAACAGGAGUGGCCUGAUAGAGUACAGAGCCCACCCGUUCUGGGGCCAGAAGUAUUGCCCUUCGCAUGAGCACGACAGGACGCCACGUUGCUGCAGCUGUGAGAAAAUGGAGCCAAGGAACACAAAGUACAUGUCACUGGGAGACGGCCGCAGCCUGUGCAUGGAAUGCCUGGGGUCUGCGGUCAUGGACACCGGUGAAUGCCAGCCCCUGUACCAUUCUAUCAGAGACUACUACGAGGGGAUGAACAUGAAGCUGGACCAGCAGAUACCCAUGCUCUUGGUUGAGCGGCAAGCGCUUAACGAAGCCAUGGAAGGAGAGAGUAGAGGCCCACACCACAUGCCUGAGACAAGGGGCCUGUGUCUGUCGGAGGAGCAGACUGUGAGCAGUAUACUUAGGAGGCCCAGGAUUGGUGGAAACCGGUUACUGGACAUGAGAACUCAGCCACAAAAACUGACUAGGAGAUGUGAAGUUACUGCAAUACUUGUCUUGUAUGGCCUCCCCAGGCUACUAACAGGAUCCAUCCUCGCCCAUGAGCUGAUGCACGGGUGGUUGCGCCUCAAAGGUUACCGAAACCUAAACGCGGAGGUUGAAGAAGGAAUAUGCCAGGUCAUGUCUUACCUGUGGCUGGAAUCAGAGAUUCUUCCGUCGUCCUCAAGGCACGCGCAGCCUUCAUCUUCCUACGCCUCGUCCUCCUCUUCGUCUUACUCUUAUCCACCGACAUCGUCCAAGAAAGGUGGGAUAUCUCAUACCGAAAAGAAGCUGGGCGAGUUCUUCAUGCACCAGAUUGCCCAUGACACGUCGACGGCGUAUGGUGACGGUUUCAGAACUGCGUAUGCUGCCGUCAACAAGUAUGGCCUUCGCCAAACACUGAACCACAUACGCCUAACAGGAGGACUCCCUGUAUAAUAAGAGAGAGAGAGAGAGAGAGAGAGAGAGAGAGAGAGAGAGAGAGAGAGAGAGAGAGAGAGAGAGAGAGAAGACAAAAUGUCCAUGCCAGACGCAACACAAAGAUCACAUGGAUAUCAAAGGUUAUAUACAUAUUGAGAUGAAGUUGCUGGCUAUGGAAGCAUGGUGAUUCAGUUUCGGUGACCUUGAGUUUUCAAAGAGGUCCUGUCGGAGUAAAUCAGGAAAAAGAGCUGUAUUUGCUCGGAUUAAUAGGAACUGGCGAUGCCAUGUGUAAUAAGAUCGCCAAAAAGCACACACUAAUGUAAUGCUCUGUUACUCACACUAAUAUAAUGAAGUGUAUACUUAUGUGUCUGCA